UCAUUUAAUAUACUGAUCGUGUAAUCGAACAUCUGAUACUAAAUUCAAAAUAAAUAAUUCUUAAUGUAAUUCUAAUUUAAAAUAUAAUCGAAUAACAUGUGCAUUUGUAGAAUGGUGAAUUAAUUGAUACGCUUUUACUUUCACAACAAACAUUAAGUAUAUAAAUUCGCAUAAUAUUUUCACUUGAAAAUUAUUUUAAUGUAUAAUUAAUAACUAUAAAAUAAAAAAUUAUGGCGUCAGGUUUAGAAAGCUACGUAAAUCAUACUGUUUCUAUUAUUACUUCUGAUGGUAGAAACUUUAUUGGAACAUUGAAAGGUUUUGAUCAGACUAUUAACAUAAUAUUAGAUGAAUCUCAUGAGCGUGUAUAUAGCACAACACAAGGAGUGGAACAAGUAGUAUUAGGUUUACAUAUUAUUAGAGGUGAUAAUGUAGCAAUUGUAGGAGAAUUGGAUGACGAGAUGGAUGCACGUUUAGAUCUAUCAGCUAUAAGAGCAGAUCCUUUAAGUUCUAUUGUACAUUAAUAGAAAAUAAUUACAGUUAUAAUUAUUAUUGUUUGAAAAUAAUAAUAUAACUAAACAAUAAUAAUAAUUAAAUAAGAAUUUGUAAUAAUGAAUUAUAGUCAAAUGAAAGUACAAUUUCUUACAUGGGUUGUAUAUUGUAUAAAUAUCAUUUUUUAUAUCCAUUUAAAAUAUUUUUGUUUUAAACAAAAUGCAGUGGAAAAAUAUAACCAUUGUUUAUCACACUAUGAAGAAUAAUAGAAAGAUAUUAGAAUUAAUAAUUAAACUGUAUAAAAAGAUUUCACUAUAAGAUAGUAAAUUAUAUUUUUUACAAA